GUGGGGUUGAGUUUGCCGAAGACGGCACGAAUUUCUCAUGGGACGGGAGGCGAGAAAAGAUAAAGACUUCAUAGACCGUCACCAACGCUUUGCUCGGUCUCCAUUUCCAAAUCGACUCGAUAACCAUCGGCCAUCAUGGGCGAGAAAGAAUUCGACGCAAGCAUUGCAACCGACGAGGCGAUGAAAGAGAAUAUUGCCAUCGAAGCGGAGCGGAUCGAUGGCAUGGACACCACAAAAACUGAAGGCGACUCCUUUACGCCCGAUGAAGAGCGACGUCUCGUUCGAAAGCUCGAUUUCUGGCUGCUGCCCCUCAUGAUGACGACCUAUAUGUUACAGAGCUACGACAAAGGCAUUAUGAGCGCGGCAACCCAGUUCGACUUCAAUAGCGACCUCAAACUUACAACGAUUGUGGGCUACCAAGCGGACGGAAAACCCAUCACCAAUAACCAGAAGUACUCGAAUGCGUCCAUGAUAUUCUAUAUCGGCUACUUGGUCGGAACCUAUCCUAUGAUGUAUCUGUCCCAACAUUAUCCCACGUCGAGAGUUCUUUCUCUCGCCACAUUUCUCUGGGGCGCGGUGGUCAUGUCAACAGCGGGCUGCUCGAACUAUGCCGGUAUCAUGCUCAAUCGCUUCUUCCUUGGCUUUCUCGAGUCUACGGUGGCUCCGGCAUUCACGGUCUUUGUUACCUUCUGGUGGACUCGCGAUGAACAAGCCCUUAGGACCAGUCUCUGGUACAGCUGUGUGGGUGUGGCUACAACCAUCUCGCCCCUGAUCAACUAUGGUCUAGGCCAGAUCAACACCUCAAUGGCUCGUUGGAAACCCAUGUUUCUAAUUCUAGGUGCCGUAACCCUGGUUUGGUCGAUCGUUCUGUUCUUUGCUCUACCAGACAGUCCCCUGACCACCAAAAAGCUCACUGAAUCCGAGAGGAAGAUCGUUGUCCGCAGAUUGGAACGAAACAACGCGGGCACCAUCAGUCGCACAUUUAACAAAGGCCAGUUCUUUGAGGCAUUCCGUGAUUACAAGCUAUACAGCUGCACUCUCAUUAUACUCCUCACCGGUGUUCCAUCAGGAGCCCUCGGCACUUUUGGUACAGUGGUCAUCAAUGGGUUUGGCUUCGACCACUUUGACUCAUUGGCCUUAACAUGUCCCAUUGGCGCCAUUACCGCAAUCAGCAUUCUCUUUGUGGGCUUCAUCACCCGCAAAUGGAACAACCUACGCUACCUGUCCAUUGUGACCUGUGCUCUCAUCUCCAUUGCUGGAACCCUCAUCUGCUGGCUCGGACCGCGAGAUAACCGUGGCUUGUUGUUUGCCGGUGUCUUCCUCAUUGCGGUUCAAGUCUCUGCUGGAGGAGUAGCAGUUUCCCUCGCUGCAUCAAAUAUCGCAGGACACACAAAAAAAGCGACCGUCAGUGCAACAACGUUCCUCGGGUACUGCGUGGGCAACGUGAUUGGACCUGAAAUCUUCGGCGCCUCCCCGGGACCUGUCUACCAUGCAGGCUUCAUGGGAAGCUGUAUCUGUUUGUGCUGCGUGGUAGUCAUUGCGACGAUCACUUACAUCCUACUCCGCCGGGAGAAUGCGAAGAGGGACAGAGUGUAUGGGGGUUUAGCCGGACAGCAUGAUAUAGAGGAGGAUCUCUCAGACAUGAAGAACGAAGAGUUCAGAUAUGUUCUGUAGAUGGUGCGCAGUCGUUGGAAGGUGCUGAAGGGAUAUAAAUUUCUGCUGGGCCAUCAGCAAGCUGAAU